UUACCAUUCCUCCAUACAUCAGAUGAUUUGUUGGAUUGAAGUCCCUUUAUUUGGAGGAAUGCAAGCAACUUCGAGAAAUUCUAGGAAUUCCACCAAAUUUAAUUUCAAUGAGUGCGAAGGGGUGUGUGUCAUUGGCAAUUUUUUUAGAAGAAGCUAGAAGAUCUCCAUGGUUUAAUACACCAGAGACCCUAUUCCACGUUGGAACGAUAUUUCCAGCGUUGAUUCUUGGAAACCAUGUUCUGACAGAAUCAGAGUUCUUGAUUCAACGCGAUUGCCCUUCUAGUUUGAGAUUUCUUGAUCUAUCAGGAAGCGCUAUUGUUAGCCUUCCUACAUGGUUCAACACAUUUGUUGGAUUGAAGGAUCUUUACUUGAACGGUUGCAAUCAACUUGAAGAAAUUCCAGAACUUCCACCAAAUAUAAAAGAGGUAGCUGCGGAUGGAUGCACAUCAUUGGAAAGAUUUCAAUUUAAUAAUAUAAAGGAUUUACCAAUGCUUGAAUGGAUUGAGUUUUCCAAUUGCCAUGGACUACGUGAAAAUAUGGGGGAUGAUCUGCAAAUUUGUUUAUUGAGUGAGGGACAUCUUAAGGACCAUCAAUAUAGCUGUAUAUUUCCAGGAAAUAAGAUUCCAGAUUACUUCAGUUAUCGUAAAGAGCUUUCAAAUACCAAUUGGUGUGAAAUAGAUAUCAAUGAGCCUGUACAUUUGGAUUUGGAGAAUACAAGAUUUGCUUUCUCUGCUAUUAUUGGGAUAGAGGAUGUACAAGGUGUGAGUGAUUUUCGAAUUCUCGUUGAAAUCAUCAAUGAUAUUGGUCAACACAUCUAUUCUCAUAGGCCGUAUAUGUAUAGUUUAGUUAGCUCAGAUCAUGUAUGGUUGAAUUACCAUGUGUCAAACCAUUCUCAACUAAAGACGGAUAAUCUUCGAGUUAUAUUUACAUGCGAAAAACAUUUAAAGUCAGUGUUCUUUAAAAGUUGCGGAUUCCAUCUAAUGAAGAGGAAGUGAUAAUUGAUGAUAUUCAAAUUGCUGAGGCAUCAUGAUAAUGAUGGUGAUGAUGAUGAUGGAAACUUGGAAUCCAAUUAGUACCCACAACAAAAGAGGCAUUCUUCUUCCUUUCUAUCUAUAUCGUGUUUGUUGCAGAUUUCUUCACUUAUG